CCUGGAACUGCUUUCAAAAUCAACGGUAAAUUCAGUCAGGGAGAAAUUAUUGCCGACAACGGUGGAGUGAAAACAGCCUACAAGGCCUACAAAGCUUAUCUGCAAAAACUUGGGAGAGAAGAAGAAAGAAUUAAAUGUGUGGAACAAUUUAACAACGAGCAAAUGUUCUUUUUGGGCUAUGCUAUGGUCAGCUGCGAGCAUUUCACUAAAGACGCCCUGUUUGUUCGUCUUCGUCACGAUCCGCACCCUCCACAACGCUAUGAAGUCAACCAAGUGCUAGCAAAUCAGCCCGAAUUUGCUGCUGCUUUUAAAUGUGACGUGGGCAGUGCCAUGAACCCUGCUGAACGCUGCGUUGUAUGGUAAAUUAAAACUGCAACAUCAAGACUCGUGUUCAGAAGCCCAUGUUUACUACAUAACAAAAUCAGAAUCAAUGAUGUCGAAGAGAACUAGUGGUGUAUAUGUGCAAGCAGGAACCUAUUUGGCUUAAACCUGAAAAUUCUCACUUCAAAAUAGUACUGUUGAUUAUUAGGAUGAUGCAAAAUCAAUACAUGUUCCUCCCACCGCG